AGGGCAAACCUGUCAUUUCUGCAAAAGAGAUAUUUUCCAGCCAGUCAAGGGCAGACCCGUCAUUUCCCCACAAGGUAUUAUCCAAAGGGAUAAGAUUUCAGACAUUCCACAGGCAGAGUGUCAUUUCCCCCCUGUGGUUAUCCCUGCCACGUGUAUUUUACUUGGAUUCACAAGGAUGCAUGUGUUGCAUCGUUUUGAAAAGCUCCAUUAUUUCUAUGGGAAAACACCACAUUCAUUAUGUGUUCACUCAAAUAAAUACUCUUCAAGGUUCUCUUUUGCAAACAAACAAAAAGGAUUUUGGAGCUCACAUUUCUCCAGCUAAGGAAACAAAGGCUAUACUCUUCACUGACAAACGGUCAACAUCAAAUACAUGUAAUGAACGCUCUACCUUCUAUCAACCACAAUCAACUACAAGAGAACCUGAACUAACCGGAAUGAAAUAUCCCAAUGUCAACACACUGCCCUGUAGUCCUUCUCAUUUCAUAAAUAGCCUCCUUUCUGUCAAUAAUGAAAUAUCACCUGCUCCAAUGGAUACAAUAGGAAGCUGCAAAAGGAAGAUCGACAAUCCUGUCACAAACAAAAAAGACAAGAAAGAGUCCACUUCCCAUCACAGGCAUGUUCUAGAGGUGAAAACUCCCCCUCCAAUACACUAUAACAAGUUUAUACAAUGAAUUUUUAUGAUGAUUGGAUAACGGACUUCCUGUCAGCAAUUGGAACAUACUAAUACAUAGUAUCUCUUUUGGUCACUUGAGAAGGAUAUCUUUACUUCAAUUGAAAAUGUUUGUCCCUGUGUUGGGAAAAAAAUGAGUGCAAGUAUUUGUAGUAAGUUUUAACAGUAAAUAAUGAAUGAGUUUUUUACCAACAUCUUCUUGGGAUUCAGCGUUUGUAAUUGAGAUGACUUGUUCAUCUACUGAAACGGAGAUGACAGAUCCAGAUUUUGAUGUGCUCCUCAAAGUAAAUGAAGUGUUCCUUUGUUCCGUGUGACCCUAAA